CCUCUAUUGUAAUGUGCCAGAACAUCAUGAACUAGAGGAUUAUGUGAGUGAACUACAAGACAAGAUUAAAUUACUCAAGGAGAAACUGGCAAUAGUUAAGGAACAAAGAAGAUCAGACCUAGUUCUAGUUAGUCCAGUGAGAAGAACCAAAGAUAAACAGAAAGAAAGAAGUGCAAUUAAAAGAUUAAAGGGUGAACUAGAAGAUCGCAGAGAUGAACUAGAGGGACUGGAUCUUGCAAUAGAGUCACAAAAGGCAAAUCUUCAAUUUAUGAAGGAGGAGGAAAGAAAGUUGGGAAAUGAAAAGGAGGCUGCCAACAGAGAGUUAAAUGACUUGAGGAGAGCUAAUGCACUAAUCAAC